CGGGGGUGGGACUAGAUCACCCACAUCCACAGAGCUGUUGCAAAACUUCCGAUCAGCAGACUGCUGUGUCUGCCAGAAAAACACAUUGAAAAAAGGGAAGUUAUCGUGGAUCAUAUCGUGACCAUGGCAGAUGAAGCAGCAGUGAUGGUGGAAGGUUUCAGCCCAGCUCAGAACCCUCUGGUCACCAUCAGCUUCCAGAGAAACGUCCGCAGGAAAGAGAAGUACCUGGAGGCUGAGCCCAAAGCCCUGGGGAUCACUCAGAUUGGCCUGAGUGUGUUUCAGAUCACCUGUGUGGCCGUGUUUCUGUCCAAAGGCCUGAAUCCUGACAGUACAGACAUCCCUUUCUUCAUUUCAUCUCUACUGGUGAUUAUAGCUGGGAUUUUGGCUAUAGCAGCACAGAACUUCCAUCUACCAACGCUGAGGGCCUGUUUGGGGAUGCAGAUUGUGGCCGGCGGCGCCUCCGUCUUCAACAUGAUCUGUGCUCUGAUUAAAAUGGAAGAUUUGCACUAUAUGUGCUAUAGUUAUCACUAUGAUUCCACCUCCUAUGAUAACAACGAAAUCUGCCAGAGUAUUACGAGCACACAUACACACUUUUUUGCUGAGAGUAUGGUCAUUCACGUUGCUCUGGUGGCCAUCUCCCUCACUCUGGCCGGCUACUGCUGCAAGGUGGUCAACUGCUGCUCGCCAGGUCCCAAAAUACCGGUGAUCACUGUACAAGCGCCCCCUGCCCAACAGUGAGGAGACGAAGUGGACUAGCGCAGAAGACAGAUGUUCGGCUACAUAUAAAUGCUACACAAAUUUAAAGCUGCACUAAUCAAUAUUUUUUAUAUUAACAAUGGAUCAAAUGACUAUGUGUAAUGUGGAAGGGGUUGAAAAACCCCAAAAGAGUUUAUCAUGAACUCCGCAGUUCCCUCAGCUCAUUGUUUUGGUUCUCUAUAGACUGCUAUUGUUAUCAUCAUCAGCCACUGUGCACUACCUGUCCAGCAGCAAUCAGCAGACAGACACAGUUACAGAAUAGCUGGUGAACAUAAUGGAGCAUUUAGCAGCAAAAAGAGACAGAUAUUGUUCUCAGGAGUUGGUGGAGACCAAAACCUGAGCAUAAAAUGGGGGACUGAAUCGGAUUUGCAUUCAUCAGGUGGACACAAACACGACUGAAUGUGUCUGCUGGAUGUGUAAAUAUGCAAAUAUCUUCUAACACAUUUGUCGUAGUAGCUUUAUAAGAUGAUAAUAUGUCAAUUGUGUGUUUACAGCUUGCUACAUUUCACCCAAGUGGUAAAAAAACAAAAUCUAUGAAUGCAGCUUUAAGACAGAACUUCAGUAUUUUUUAGUAAAAUUGCAACGUCCUCACACUUUGUUUGCAUGUUACCAUUUUUUUUUUCAUGAGAUAUUUGUUUUUAUAUGUACUCCUUUAAUGUUAACCUUAAUCAUAGUCUAUUUUUGUCAAUUAAAGCGCUACAGUAGGCACACGGGACUAAUACCUAAAGGAAAGACAUUAAAGCGUCUCUACGGUAUGUAACUUUGGCUCAACUGUGAAAUCCACAAGAGGCAUUCGUACUGAAUAAUGUGAAAAUGUAAUGUGACAGUAGCAUAAGUAGAGAAAAAGUCAUGAACAGGUCAGUAAUGUCAGUUACACAGAAAUAUGUAUCUUAACUUAGCGAGCAUUAGCCAAACUGUAACAAGACAAAACCCCAAAAGUGAACUGAUUUGAUGAGGAAUGAGUCCUAAAACCCGGAAAUUAGUCAGCAUUUUACCACUUCCUGUUCCCUCGUCUGGACGUCAGUGGGUUUUAUGAAUGGGUUUAAGUUAGAUGCCUGAAAUAAGGUCUUUGGUCUGUCUAACAAGUGGCUAAGUGAGACUACUAAACGUCAUCACGUCGCCUCGCCAUUUGUGGAGAUUAUCUUACGGAACUCGAUUGCUUAUAAAAUUCAACUUUUCUUUUAUAAGAGGAAGGUUGUGUUACUCAUUUGAAAGGUACACAGUGCUGCUUACAUGCAGCCAAUUUAGAAACAUCACAGAGGCUAAAUAAUUACAACUGUAGAGAGACAACAAAUAAACGUAACACUUACAGCUUGAGUAAAAUCACUAAUUGAUGCACAUUAAUGCUUUUCUGAAACAUAUUUUUGUCCAGAUUGUUGGUUGCUUUAUGAUGAUCACUACCUUUAUAAUGCUUUAUAGUUGUAUCCUUUGUCACUGCAACUAACAACCAUGGAUAAUAAAGGCUAACAAAUGAAA